AUGGCUCCAGCUCAAGCUGUGGAUUUUUCCAGACCAUCGUAUCUCUCGGUGAAGUCUGGAGAACAUGUAACUCUUUACUGCCCUUAUGGAGACAUUCGUAGGACUGAUAGUGUUGUUUGGUACAAAGAAAGCAUUGGAGAAAUGCCUCAAAAAGUGGGAGAAAGAUUAAUAUAUAAGGAUAUUAAAAUGUCUCCGAAAUUCAACACGUUAGGAUAUAAAAUGGAGAUGACUGAUAACGGCAUUUCUUUGAGAAUUUCACGUAUAAAAAAAGAAGAUGAAGGACUUUACUACUGUGGAAAAUGUAUGCUGGAGAAUGUUGCGCUAUCGAACGGAACUUUCUUGGCUGUAGCAGAUGACAGAGAUGUAAAAGUGAGUGUGUGGCAGCGCGGCGUGUCGGACUCGGUUCCUGCAGGAGCCUCAGUGACUCUGCAGUGCUCGGUUCUCUCUGAGAGCAGAGCAGCAGAACUCCAAGUGCUCUGGUUCAGAGCUGCUCCACCACAAUCCCAUCCUCAAAUCAUUUACACUCAUCACGACAGCAGCCGUCAGUGUGAGAGCGGCUCUUCUACAAACACCUGUGUGUACAACUUCUCCAAGAACAUCCUCAGCCUCAAUGAUACUGGAACUUACUACUGCGCUGUGCUCCUGUGUGGGAAGAUCGUCUUCGGGAACGGGACACGAAUACAGAUGGAGAACCUUCCAAAAUAUGCAGCGUCUUAUAAUCCUGUAGUGAUCUGUCUGGGAACAGCGCUGGUAAUGUGCGGGAUUCUGAUUUCUGUUCAAACUGUUUUACUCUGUAAAAGAAAAAACGGUCCACAACACAGAGAGAGAAUUCAGCACGAUGCCGUGAUAAACACUGACGAGACGAACACUCAGGUUCAUGAUGCUGUAGUGCUGAAUUAUGCUGCAUUACAUUUCAUUGAAAGGAAAAUUAAAAGAAUCAGAGGAAAUCAAGGUCCAUCUCAAAGCAGUGUUUACACUGAAGUGAAAUAUUCCACCAUUUCUCACUUAAAUUAAUCUUUAAUAUUAUUGUGUCUGAAAUUGUUUGACCAGCUUUAAUGUUUCUGUGAUAUUAAUAAUCUGGAUCUGUUGUUCUAUGCUGUUCUAUGUAUUUUUAUUUAUUUUUUAUUUUUUUUUGCAUGAUUUGACGCCACACAUCACAUUAUGUAAAAAGGUUCAUUUAAACAUCAUCUUCUUCCUGAAAACUUUUAUCCUGGAAUGAAAUGUUUCUAUCCUGAUGGACGUGAUCUUCCAGAAUAACUCCGCCCACCAUACACACAGCACCCAUUUCUA